AUGAACAUGCUAAAAGAAGGUAAACAUUGGAUUUUAUACAAAUUUUCUCGUUUCAUUCAAAUUUUUUAUUUCUUCUAUCUAUUUAGUGCUUGUCUUAUAAUAUAUUUUGAAACCCAUUUCAUAUUAGAUCAAUAUUAUAGAAUCCCAUAUAUAAGAUUUUUUUGUAUAUUCCUUUUUAUUUUUGGAAUAGCAUCUUUCUUUUUAUGUUCAUUAAGUGACCCAGGAAAAAUCUCUUUUAAUGGUCUAGAUAAACACUUGGAAUAUUAUUCAUACGACGAAAUAAUAUUUUACACCAACACUAAAUGUAAAACGUGUAAUAUUAUAAAACCUGCUAGAAGUAAGCAUUGUUCAUAUUGUUCUUCUUGUAUAUCCAGAUAUGAUCAUCAUUGUUUCUUAUUGAAUAAUUGUAUAGGAGGUUACAAUAAUAUGUAUUAUUUAGUUUUUCUUCAUAUGCAUAUUAUUAUAACCUUUUAUUCAACAUAUAUAA